AUGCUCACUGAAGAAAACACUAGACUACGAGAAGCAAUCACCGCGAUGAGGCGUGAGGCGGAGAUAUCGGUGGUGAGCUCCAAGAGGAAACAGGAGCUGCAGACCAAAGAUGCAGAGCUCAUCGAUCGAUUGAAGAAUGAAAUAGAUGUCCUGAGAAAACGAUUAAAAAAGGCUGUUACUGUGAUCAGUCGGUUGAAUUUUGAAAAGCAAGCAUUAAAUGAAAUUAGCAACCGCCUAAGAUCAAGAUUACUACACUUAGACGGGUCUGAAAUACAAGCUACUUGCUCUAGACAGAAUACUAGCCAAUGCAGCGAAGGUUUAACAGGAAAUAAGUCAUUUCCCCAAAAACGACCACACACUGGGCGCCACGAAAGGAUAGGGAGCGGAACAACGGAAAAUGAAAAAGUAAAUAAAGUCGAGGCCCCGGAAUCUGUGAGAGCAGCCUUUAAUCUUCUUGAGGAUUCUGCUUCAUUGGGCGAUUUGCUAUAG